AUGACUGUCGCAAAGAACGAAGUGCCCUUUUCUCUCAUCUCUGUUAAAGAGCUACACCCAACUUUCGCUGCAGAGAUUAGUGGUGUGGAUUUCUCCUUACCUCUAUCCGACGGGGUGUUUAGAGAGAUAUUUCAGGCGGUUACGAAAUACGGAGUUGUCAUUUUCCGCACCACUGGUCUGACCGAUGAGGCCCAUAUCGAGUUCUCCCGAAAGUUUGGGGAGCUCGAUGAUGUAAAGCCGUACAUUGCUGCUGGUCGAAAGAAUCGGCUCAGAUAUCCCGAGCUGUUUGACGUUAGUAAUGUUGAGCUUGAUGGGACCAUCCUCGACGCUGACAGUGCACGAGGACAAGCAAACAAAGGCAAUGAUCUAUUCCACGUUGACUCUAGCUUCAACCCCCGCCGAGCUGGAUAUUCUCUGCUUUUAGCCCACGAGCUUCCACCGCAGGGGAUGGGAGGUCACACAGCCUUCGCAGAUACGAGAACUGCGUUUGACGAGCUGCCAACUGAUCUCAAGGAGAAACUGGUGACGAAUGACUAUGUUGCUUGUCAUUCGAUGCACCACUCGCGCAAAACGGCCGCACCUGAAGCCUUCGCUCAUGUCAACCCGCUUGAUUAUCCGAUGGGCCGGCACAAACUGGUUCAGCGCCACGAGACCUCUGAUCGCAUGAAUUUGUACAUCGCAGCUCAUGUGCACCACAUCGAGGGACUCGAGCCAGAUGAGUCUCAAGCGCUUAUCGAUAAGUUGUUUCAAGAUGCUACGCGUGAAGAAAAUACAGUGGAAAUUGAAUGGCAGGCACCUGGGGAUUUGGUUAUCUGGGACAAUACUUGUACGAUGCACCGGGCGGUUGGCGGUCCAUUUCUCCGUAAAUAUAAGCGGGAUAUGAGACGGACAACCGUACAUGACUCCAGCUCACAGGCAUGGGGUUUGAAUGAGCAUACCAACGUUCGAGUAGGAAUGCCCUAA